AUGACGGUAGCGAUUGGAUUGCUGGCAUGUGGGAUAUCGUCCUUAUUUUUCGGCUCCAUGUUCGUCCCUUUGAAAAAUUUCGAUGCCAGUGACGGUAUUAUUGAUUUUGAUUUUUGUUUUUUUCUUAUUUUUGGGUUCAGGAAUAUUUGCUCAAUGGAUGAUGUCUCUGGCUAUUUUGAUAAUUGGUUUCGUAGCUUUUAUCUUUUCCAAUUUUCCUGGAUUUUACCCAUUGGCAAUGCUUGGAGGCAUGUCCUGGACACUAGGUAUAAUAAUAACCCUUGAGGUUUGAAAAAUAAAGGAGAAAUUUCAGGAAACGCGACAGCGAUUCCUAUCAUUUCUCGCCUAGGAAUGGCUUUGUCGAUGCUCAUCUGGAACACGACGAAUUGCGUCGUCGGCUGGGCUGGCGGCCGUUUUGGCCUUUUUGGCAUGAAGGUAACACCUCUUUAGGAACUCCAGAGUGCUCCUUAUAGGGGCAACUUACAGGGUCGCCUCUAGGGAACAUUUCACCAAUCCCUAUGGAGGCCACUAAAGCUUGCAAAGGUGGUCCCUAUAGGGGUUUUAGUUUGUGGCCCCUAUAGGAUAAAUGUUAGCGGAUAAUCUAUACAAGCUCUACUUAGGAACUCCAGAAUGGUCCCUAUAGGGGCAACCAUAGGGGCCCUCUCAGGGUCGCCUUUAGAGACCACUUUGCCAACCCCUAUAGGGGCCACUGAAGCUUGCAAAAGUGAUGCCUAUAGGGGAAAUGCUAGUCGAUAAUUGUUAGGAAUCACCUUGAUUUUACCCCUAUAGGGACCCCUCUGGAAUUCCUAAGUAUGCGAAGAAGUAAAUAAAAACCUUUUUUGAAUAAAAUUGAACGACUCCUAUAGAAAUCACUUAAGCUUUAGCGGCUAAGUGGUCAGACCCUGAAAUCCUAUAGGGACCCUCUUAAUUUUACCCUUAUAGGGACUACUUUUUUGGUCUCUAAAGGGGCUGUUCUUGCUUCUAUCUUCUGUAGGGAUCACCUUGAUUUUACCCCUAUAGUGACCGUUUAUCUCGGUCCUUACAGAGGCUGUUUUUCUCCUUAACCCCUGUAGGGGCCAUUCUAAAAGCCACUAUUCAUUUUUCGUUGCUUUUCCGAUUUCUGUGUCUCAAGUUCUUCUUCCAGGCUCAGCCUCCAGCAAGUCCUGUUCUGAACUAUGCAGGCCUUAUCUGCGUUAUUAUUGGGUUUGCCAUAACCCUACUCGUGACAUGAUAAAGAUACUUAAGAGGGUUCCUGUUCUCCCGAAUAAGGAGCACAAAAGUGGUCGCGGAGCACAGAAGAGUUUCCCUGCGUCUCGAACCUCGAAGCAACGCGGACGACGCCGAAAAAGUCGCUCUGAACCCGUCGGUUGCUGCUUUCAUUGCUCAUAGUCAUAUAAAACAGCAGUUUACAGCUUUCCCCAGAUGACGCGGUCACCAAAGAAGUUACCGAAGUUUCGAUGGAAAAAGCCGAAGGAAAUCAACGCGCCAUGUGCGUUUCAACCUUUUUCUUAAAGAAAAUACCCUUUUGUUUAGUGGAUUCUUGAUGGCGAUGGGCGCAGGAGUUUUCUAUGGAAUGACUUUCGUACCUGUUAUUUACAUGAUCGACAAUCCCGAAAAGUAUGUGGUGACGGUAUUUUUCGAUACGCUAAUCUUGUUUUUCUGUUGAUGUCUUUAUUUUCAAAAGCAUCACUUACUAGUUAGAAAUUUACUGUCAAACAGAAAAUAAUUCAGCCCAUUUUUUUUUUUCAAAACAGUGAGUUAUCAUCAGAGCAGCUGAUUUAAAACUGUCUUGAAUUCAUUUUUGAUUCUCAACUCCCUUAGGAACUCCAGAGCGGUCCCUAUAGGGGUCCUUGGAAGGACUACAACCCCUCUAGGGGCCAUCAACGCUUGAAAAAGUGGCCCCUAUAGGGGACAUGCUAGUCGAUAAUCGUUAUGAACUCUAAGCGAAGAAGCAUUUCCAUGAUAAAACUGAACAAACAAGCGUUUUUCGAAUAAAAUUGAAAGAACCCUGGAGGGUCCACUUGAGCUUUAGGGGCUAAGGGGUCAGACCUUAAAAUCCUCUAAGGAUCACCUCAACUUUCCCCUAUAGGGACUACUUUUUCGGCACCGAUAAGGAUUGUUUUCCCCUCUAACCCCUAUAGGGACCGCUCUGGACUUUUUAAGCCCGAUUAUGAGAGAGCAUUCGAACUUCACAGAAGCAAAAGCAUAUUUAACGUCAGUUCGAUCAAAAUUCCUGAAAUCCCUUUUUUUUUCUAAAUGAUAUUUUCCGCCAAAAUCCUUGCCCUGACUAAGCAUCGUCAAUGGUUGAGGUUCCCCGGUCAACCAUCUGAAGGACUUGCCUACGUCUUCUCGCACUAUUUUGGAAUCUUCCUCACGGCGACGACUCUUUUCGUCAUCUACGCCAUCUUCAAGUAGGAGUCCUCUCCAGACAGUUUCUGGAAAACCGAGUUGAAGGAAGAAUCGACCGACGGUCAACGGCCAGUUGUGUCUGCCGGCUCUCGCCUCCGGAACGCUUUGGGGCAUCGCGCAGACGUCCUUCUUCGUCGCCAAUCAGAACCUCUCUCAGACGGUCACGUUCCCCAUCAUCGCCAUGACGCCAGGCUGUAUAGCUUCCGCUUGGAGCAUAUUUUACUACAAAGACAUUCAGGUUCUUUAUAAAGUAUGCUGUUUAUAAACAACCAAAAGCUAAUGAAAAACCCUCUGCCCUUAAACAACUUUUCCGAGCUCUUCAGGGUCGCCGCAACUUCAUCACCCUCGCCAUCGCGAUGUGCUUCACCUUCACCGGGGCAAUUCUGGUCGGCCUGUCCAAGGCUAUCGAACUUUAA